AUGUUCACGAAUGAUUUUAUGAGGAAUUACGUUGAGGCUGACCGACAGAAAGUAUUAUUUGAUGAUUUGGGACAAAAAUACUUACAACCACAGGAUUUUGCUCUCGCCAAGAUCACUCCUGUGGAGAAUGUCAGCGAGGAACAGUUAAGUUCCAUUAUCAAUUCGCAACUUUUUGAGGGUGACAUUUUGGGAGUCGAUCUGCCGACAGCAAUAUCAACGUUGAUUUUGAAAGAUGAAUUAUUGAAUCAAUAUGAUCAUCUAUUCAAACUCCCUUAUCAUAGCGCAUUAAAUUUGGACACAUACAAAGGUAGGAUAUGGCCAAAUGGACAAGUACCAUAUUUGUUGGAAGAUGGAAUGUCUGAAAAGCAAAGAGUAACUAUUGCACAAGCAUUCGAUGAAUUCAGAGAAAAAACUUGCAUAAAAUUUAUACCAAAAACUGAUAAUGAUAUCGAUUAUAUUAUUAUCCAAAGAAAUAAAAAAGAUGGCUGUUCGUCACAUGUUGGACGAGCUGGUGGCAAUCAGACGGUAUCCUUAGAAGUUGAUAAAUGUUUUAAAAAAGGAAUCAUUGCCCAUGAGUUAAUGCACGUAAUUGGAUUCCUUCACGAGCAUUCACGUUCCGAUCGCGAUGCAUAUAUAGAUAUUAUUGUGGAAAACAUUCAUCCCGGGAUGCUACGAAAUUUUGAAAAAUAUCCAGAAAAAGUUGUUGAUCUGUUGGGGUUGCCUUACGAUUAUGGUUCGAUAAUGCACUACCACAAGCUUGCAUUUUCUAAGAAUGGCCAAUCAACUAUUUUACCUAAAAAUCAAACUGCGAAAAUUGGACAGCGACAUGAGCUUAGCCCCAUCGAUGUCGCAAAGAUAAACAAGCUUUAUAACUGCAAUCCACUACCAGCGACAGUAACGACAUCACUACCACCAACAACAGGAACUCCAGUGACAUUAACAACAUUACUGCCACCAACAACAACAGCUUCUGCUACUUUAAUAACCAAUGAAACAAUCAUAACAUUAUCUCUCAAAAGUAACUGGUCGAGAAACAUAAUAACACUAUUUCCAUUUCGCUCAUUUCGGACAAAAAGACCCGUAAUCACUGAAAAACUUCGAGCUAUUAAUACUACCGUAAAAGCAAAAACAACGGUAGUGACAGUUUGCGAGGAUCUGAAUGCACACUGUGAAAUGUGGCAACAACUUGGCCAUUGCCAAUAUUCGCCGAAGUAUAUGGGUCACUACUGCAAAAAAGCAUGCGGACUCUGUCCACCAAAAACAAAUAAAAAAAAGUUAAAUUGGAAAAUCGAAUCAUCACGAUGUGUGGAUAAGAAUUUAUUCUGCAGUUAUUGGGCAAGCAUCGGAGAAUGCAAUACAGGAAGUAAAUUUAUGACGAUAUUCUGCAAACGAUCAUGUAAUAACUGUGGCAAUAAAGUGGGAAAUGCUGUCCACGAAUAA